UGUGCAUACGUACACGUAUGCACAAUUUGUGGCCAGCAUAGCUUGUAGUGAUCGUUCUGUUGACGCGUAAAAACAUGUCAACGUUAUGUAAAAGUUAAUUAAAAAAGCGUUCGUUUGUUCUAACGAAUUGUAUAUCGGAUAUCUGGAAUAGAUCUCAAGUGUGGCAUUGUUAAAUGUCUGAUAAGCUGCACCCAUCCACCGAUCCUUCUCGCAUUUCCUUCCCCGUGUAUGUAGUCUCGGAUUGAUUGAGUUGCACUUGAUUACUAUGAUUAAUAUAUAUAUAUACAAAAGAAACUCUUUUUUACAUAAUAUAUAUGUAUACAUGCACCAUGCAGCACCAUGUGUGCGUCAGUAGCAUCGUUCCAAUGUAACAGUUUCGUGCGAAUUAAUAUGAACCAAUUCAUCAUUGUUUUUUAUCAUUCUCAAGGAUUCAUGAGUUUUGCACAUUAGAAAAGACUUUAGGAACGAUAUGCGAGUGAAUACAUGUGCAGUAAAGAAUGAGUUGGUUUGACGCCACUGGAUUUGCCAAUUUGGCCAAAUCUGCUUUGAAGGAAGCUCAGAAAACAAUUGACAAGGCAUUAGAUAUCAAAGAUGAGGACCAGAAGCCAGUGGAGAGCCAUACAGAGGACGCGGCAGACUUUUUUGCCUCGUGGGGAUUGAAAAGUGAAGGUCCCAGCGAUGUGCACCAUGAGAAGUUCAAGGAACCUAAGCCAGAAGCCUCGAGCAGUAUAUGGGGUAGUUUCACUGGAUCAUUCUUUGAGUCACCAAAGUUCAAUGAAGCAAAACACUCUGCAAGUGAUUUUCAUUCUAAAUCGCUGCAGAACACGCCCACCGAAAGUGGUAAGAAGCUUAUGUCUUCGUCAUCGUUCCCUGAAGAUUACACGAAUAAAACCUCGAGUACAUGGAAGACAUCCAAGCAGACGAAAAGUUUCGAAGCCAAGAGUGUCCAUGAUCAAGAUCAAGACGUUCCUGAACAAGAUGUUACUACUUUGAAUGCUUCAAAGCAGAGAGAUUCGCCUGAGACAGUUGCUACGAGUUCCGACAAAGAUACAAAGAUCAAUGAUUCUUGUAAAAGUAACACAGAGAACCCGCAGAUAAUUGAAACUUGUCCAGAGAAGGAAGACGUCAAAGAUGACGACGACAAGUCGGAGUCUGAGAGGAAAGAAAUCUGCGAACACGAUUCGGAUUCCACCGCUUCCAUAUCGCAUAGACUGUCUUUCGUAUCUCCUGAUAAUGAUAAGAAGAGCUUGGAGAGCGUCGAAAUCCUCGGUUCCAGAUCGACCACCGAUUGCACGACGACUCCCGAAUCGGAUGGCAGUUCCGUUAGCAAUCCCGCGAGUCCUUCGGUCGCGGUUAUGAAAGGCAAUUCCGAAUCGGUGGAAAUAAUGACGGACAGUUUAGUUACGUCACCGAGUUCCGUAGAAAUUUUGGGUAACUGGAAAAGUGAUUCCAGUCCUUAUUUAUCUCCGGAUCAAAGAUACUCUGAAUCGUCGUCCAUCAUAGACAGGGAUGAUGCGUUGACCCCGUACUGGGACGAUAUCAAUACCCCACAGAUUCCGAGCAAUGAAAACUCGAUAAAUCCAUCGUCCUCUGAUAUCUCCCCGUACGAAUCUCCGAUGGAAGAAGCGAAAGCUUCGCACGACGAUUCGUUUAUCAAGAGCGAGGACAGUACGCCGUCGACGGGGACGUACUCAGCCUCGGAAUCGCAUUUAUACAGAAGCAAUUCCGGUGGGAAUUCGUCGAAAAACUCACCGGAGAGCGUGGAAAUAAUACCUUAUACAGAUGAAGUCGACGAGCCGAGCUUGGCAGAAGAUUCUUACACGUCGGCAUCGGAAAUUACUGUGAUGACGAUAUUAGAGACGUUGCAGCAAAAGGAGCAAGGGAAGCCUGUCGGUGUUUCAUCCAGUAUAAAGAUGCACGAUUCGUAUCCAGAUGGGAAAUUGGUGUUGAAAAAGAGUACGGAUCAGCGAUUGAACUUGAGCCAGGACUCCUUGAGCGAAAAGCACAACUUACAUUUACCAAUCGAAGCGAUCACGACACAACCGAUUCGUAAGCCAGAUUACUUUGACGGAGCUGGAAUGAAGUGCGAAAUCGACCGAUUGAUCAGUUCCACCAUAGAACCUGCAGAACCGGAACGUUAUUCGAUCAACGAGUGUCCAGUCAAGUCGGAGGCUACGGAGGCUUCGGAUCAGCAGCAUCUAAUUUCGACGGACUCGAGCUGUGAGGGAACUUUGAUAGACAGUAAUUUGGAAGAGAAUCCUCAAUCAGUGCAUAAAUCAGAAGAGAAAGUAUCAUUAAAUUCUAAUCCCUACGUCACGACGAUGUUAGAAGAUGCGAUAGCUGAAAAGGGUGGCGAGAUCAUCGAGCCGGAAAUACAGGGCACAGAGAUGCAAAGAGAGAAUUCACCGGUCUCAUCGGAAAGUCGAUCCGAUCUGAUAAAAAUUGGUUCGGAUCAGACCAGUGGACACACUAGUGGAGACGAAUUAGAAACCACUACUUCCAGCGAUAUCGAAAUCAUAUCCAGGUAUAGUCCGAACGGUGACUCGAGUUCGACGCAAUCGCGAGAGAAGGUGCAAACGACGAAAAGCUGUGAUCUUUUAUCGAGAACGUUGAAGAGCAAAGGGCAUUCGAGAGAAUUGAGCGAGAUCAGCGUAGGGUCCGACGACGCGAACGUCGAGAUAGAGAAAUUGUUGAAACGUAUACAAGAGAUGACGGAAAUACUGGAAGCCAGAGAAUCAAAACUUAUCGACGUUAGUAGAAUGAAUAUGGAAUUGCAUGAGCAAAACAACAAUUUAAAAAAGCAGCUGGAUAAUUUUGAAAAAUACGCGGAGCAAAACCAGAGCCUAAAUCAAAUCACCGACGAAUACACGCAACGGCUGUCUGCCUUGGAAAGGAAAUUUCAGCAGGCAAUACGCGAGCGAGACUUGUUGAGAAAAAAUUUAGACCAGUUGAAAGUAGAAGCGGCCACGCGUUUAUCAUCUCAAGAAAUGUCUUCUCUGAACGCUGAGAAGGACGAGAUUAUCAAAGAGCUCAGAGAAGAAGGGGACAAGUUGAGUAAGCAGCAACUUCAACACAGUAACAUUAUUAAAAAGUUGCGACUAAAGGAGAAAGAGAGCGAUCUCUUGAUAAAAAGCCAAAAAGAGCAAAUAGAGGAACAAACUUGCGAAUUGGAGCGAUUGAAAAGAUCGUUGCGAGCUAAAGAGGAAGUGGAACUCUCUCAAAUAGAUGCUGUCUAUUCCUUGACAGCGAGGACCAAAACACUGGAGAAAGAAAUAGCAACGUUACAGAAACAAUUAGAGAACACCAAACACAACGCGGAUACAUACAAGAAGAGUUUAGAUGUUACGAAAGCGGAAUUGACUGAAACAAAGAAUAUUUUAACCGCGACCGAAGCCGAAUUAAAAGAAGCAACAGCGAACGCUGGGGAAUCGUGCCAAUUGCUUGCGCAGAUGCAAGAGCUGAAGAUUAAAUUAAGGGAAUCCGAGGAGAUGCACGUCAAGAAGGAGGAGUUCCUUAAACACGAAAAUAGCGAGUUACUAAAACGUUUGGAGGCCGCUGAAGCCAGAAGCGAGGAACUCUCUGAGUCUGUGUCGAUGGCGACCAAACCAUUGCUUCGACAAUUGGAGCAGCUACAAGCAAAUUUGUUACACAAAUCUAAUAGUUUUAUGAAACAAGAGAAGGCGUUGUCUGAGAAAAAUAUUGAGCUGCAGACGAAAUUAGAGAAUUUACUGGAGACGGAUCGGUAUCUCAAGGAAGAGAACGUUAACUCAAAGUCAAAGAUAUCUCAAUUGGAGGCCAAGCUCGCUGCCAAAGAGAAUGAGAGGACGCGAUUACAACAGCUGUACGACGAACUAGUUAAGCAGAAGGACGAGCUCGUAGAGCAAACUAAACAGCAACGGGAAAUUAUAGAAACGCUCGAGCAAUCUCAUUUCGCGGAGGUGAUGGAGUUAAAGAGAGAGAUCGUUGCGUUGGAGAGCAAAUUGGCCGUAGAGAAAGCAGCUACGGACGCGGAAAGGAGAAGGAAUCAUGCGAUGUCGGAACAACAGGGAAAUGUCGAUGACAAUGAACGGCUUAGUUCGAGCACUAGCGUGGAACAAGAUCUUACGAAUACGAUAGAUAGUAUAUGGCCGGUAAUGGAUUUGUACAGCUCAACUAGCGAAAAUGAUCCUGAGAGAUAUACAAUGGCGUUCGACAGUAUUAGAGCAGGGUCAGGUAGUACUUCGGUAUUUGAGAAUUUGCAAGCUCAAUUGAAACAAAAAGACGGGGAAAUACAACAACUCCAAUGGGAGUUGUCGCGACGUAACGUGGAAAGAGAUGCGCUAAAUUCAGAAUUAUCCGCGUUGACUUUGAAGAUCGAGGAAUUGAACACUAAGGUUGUGGAUGUUACGAUACUGAACGAAAGUUUGCAGGAAAUACAGACGCGGUACGAUGCGUUGUUACAAAUGUACGGGGAAAAGAUGGAAGAGAAUCAAGAAUUGCGUUUAGAUUUGCAAGACGUGAAGGAGAUGUACAAAACGCAGAUUGAUCAACUCUUGAAACGUGAUACUUGAAACCGUUUGACGGUAAAACUUGGUUUUAAUACAAUAGGGGCGUAGAACUAUCAAAAAUCAACAGUUUACAAUGAUGUCGAUCGAAGGGCCAAGUUGCAACUGACUGGAUAUCACGACAAAGUUGCCCAAGUUAUUUAAGAUGACAGAUGGUAAAUGAGACUGAUGUGAAAUCGUUUUAGUUGAAGCUUUCGAGGUUCUAGAUUUGAAUCGACGUAGAGUCUUGUCUUGUAAAAAGUUUCGUUCGAGGGGGAUGUUUAUUUCGAUCAAUUCGUAUAUAUAUUUU